CUAGCACUUCGACAUCAACAACCACACACCACCGCAACGAUGGGAAGAGGACCGAAGAAGCAUCAGAAGCGGCUGUCAGCGCCAUCGCACUGGCUGCUUGACAAGCUCAGCGGCGCAUACGCCCCCAAGGCCAGCCCUGGUCCGCACAAACUGAGGGACUGUAUGCCCUUGAUCGUCUUCAUCCGGAACCGACUGAAGUAUGCCCUCAACGCCCGCGAAACCCGCUCGAUCGUCAUGCAGCGCCUAGUCAAGGUUGACGGCAAAGUGCGCACCGACACCACCUACCCCGCCGGCUUCAUGGAUGUCAUCGGCAUCGAGAAGACGGGCGAGAACUUCCGCCUCGUGUACGACACCAAGGGCCGCUUCACCGUCCACCGCAUCACCACUGAAGAGGCGGAGUACAAGCUGGGCAAGGUCACACGUGUGCAGUUGGGCAAGGGAGGAAUACCAUUCUUGGUUACGCAUGAUGCUCGCACUAUCCGCUUCCCCGACCCCGCGAUCAAGGUCAACGACACGAUCAAGAUUGAUCUCAGCACUGGUAAAAUCACCGACUUCAUCCGCUUCGACACUGGUGUGAUCGCCAUGGCCACCGGCGGUCGCAACAUGGGCCGUGUUGGUGUCAUCACCCACCGUGAGCGUCACGACGGAGGCUUCAACAUUGUGCACAUCAAGGAUGCCAUCGACAACGAGUUCGCCACGCGCGAGAGCAACGUGUUCGUCAUUGGGCGCGAGAAGCCGUGGAUCAGCUUGCCGAAGGGCAAGGGUGUGAAGCUGUCGAUUGCCGAGGAGAGAGAUCGUAAGAGGGCGUACGCGCUUGCUGGUCACUAAGGGAGUCGUCAAGUGUGAGUGAGGGCUCGUCCAACGCCAGUAUCUCUCUAGUCUAACGGACCGAGAGUUCGGUGCAUCCCGAGGAAAGAGGACCGAGGAGGGCAGAGUACCUAGCGUGCAGUCGAGUAAAAUUGAAAGCAUUCAACUUCAA